CAGUACAUACCGCGGAAGCGAUCAAGCAAGCACCUUGACGAGUUGCGGGAGAUCAACGAGGAGCGCGAAGAAAUUAUCAACCCCGUUCCGCCCUUUACCCCAGCGAUUAUCAAGAGUUGGAGCAAGUUCAACGCACACUUGAAAAUAUACAAGCAGAAGCACCACCUCAAGUUUCGAGUACGAAGCUCGGAGACACGAAAUCAGUACAACAGGUAUGUGUGA